AUGUUGCGAGUCGGCUCCUGGCUGUAUGGGAAGAAGUCGGCGCAGUCUGUGGACUCGUCGGCCGAACUGAAAGAUUCGGCGACACUGAUUCUAAACGACGAUGUUGAUGGGGCUGAAAAUGGCCUCUCCACGGGGUCCUCGUCGUUUCACAAUGUGGGCAAAGGUGUGGUUGCAUUUGUUCGAGCGACAUUGGGCUUCGAACAGGAGAUCAUGCGACAAGCAUCCGAGCGCCUCUACGAAGCAGAAACCAGCGCAGCCAGUGAUCAAACCAGAGCACAGCAGAAUGCCCAUGAUCCAAAUGCUUUCCACUCAGAUAUCUACACCGCUGGCUCUGAGUAUGCAUUAUGCCAAGCAAUUGCUCAGUUGAUGAGUGCAGUGGUGGGAGUGUUGAACGAAAGCUUGACAGAAAGCAUCAAAGCAUUUUACAGGCUGAGAAAAGCCUACAUCACGCUGGACGCCAUUUUAAAAAUGGAAGAGAAAUUCAUGGAGUCGAAUGACCCGAACAAGGUUCUUUUGCCCACCGCCAGCGACCUUGCCAGCUCGACGGCUGAAUGCCCGGACACGAACUCGGAAGCUUCCAGCUUGUCGUCGAAAAAGAAGAAAACAACGACCGUUGAGCAAACGGAGCUCAAUGCAUCAAUGAACGACCUGUCUGUGUCCCCAGGCGCGAUGUCUCCUCCUGCUUCAGCCUCAGCAGGUGCAUCUACCCCCAAACACAUUCAUCACGAUCCCGACUCUGACAUUUUCAAAAACGAGAUCGAUAUCUUCGUGCAUUCCGGGGCGAACUUUUGCUUUGGUAUCUUGCUUCUGUUGAUUUCCAUGGUUCCCCCGGCGUUCAGCAAGCUUCUCUCAAUCAUCGGCUUCCAUGGCGACAAGCAGCGAGGAUUGAGGAUGCUCUGGCAAGCCAGCAAGUUCCAUAACCUGAUUGGCGCAAUGGCCGCCUUGGCCUUACUGGGAUACUACAACGGUUUUGUUCGUUACUGCGAUAUCAUGCCAGACCCUACACUUGGCGAUGGAGAUGUCGAGGGAUAUCCACAGGAGCAGCUGGCUGCUUUGCUGGCGGAAAUGAGAUCUAGAUUCCCCAACAGUCGAUUGUGGCUGUUAGAGGAAUCCCGAAUGAUGGGCGCAAACAAGAAUCUGGAUGGAGCGUUGGAAUUGGUGUCUUCGGGCAACAAGAGUCCUCUCAAACAAGUCGAAGCCCUUUGCAUAUUCGAAAAGAGUUUGAAUGCACUCUUCCUGCACAGAUACGAUGUCUGUGCACAAGCCUUCAUCGAGUGCGUUGAUCUCAACUCUUGGUCCCGCUCGCUGUACUACUACAUUGCCGGAUCCUGCCAUGUCGUUCUUUAUCGUCAAUCUCUCAAUGACCCCAAACGCGCCGAAGCGCAUGCCGCCAAAGCUACCAUGUACAUCCGCAAAGCACCCGGAUUUGCAGGCACUAAGAAGUUCAUGGCCCGCCAACUCCCAUUCGACACGUUCGUCACCCGGAAAAUUGCCAAAUGGGAGGCCCGCGCCAAAGCAUGGGACGUUCCUCUCGUGGACGCAAUCGGCAUCGACCCAAUCGAAGAAAUGAUCUUCUUCUGGAACGGCUACAGCCGUAUGACCGAUCAACAGCUCGAAGAAUCACUGACUCGACUUGAAUGGUGCGAAAGCGAAGCCAACAAAACCUGGUCUCGCGAAGGGCCCGAAGAAAAAGCCAUUUUGGAAUUACUUCGCGCUGCGGUGCUUCGGUCGCUGAACCGGUUCGGCGAGGCGAAGGAGACCUUGGCGGCCAACGUCCUCAAUAACGAAAAGGCAACGUUCAAGGGUCAACUGAAGGAUAAUUGGGUUCUCCCCGCUGCAUACUUCGAGAUGGCGGCGAACUACUGGAUGGAGAGGCCCACAUACCAAAAACUACACGGGGGCUCUGAAAAGACACCUGCUGGAUCGGAGAAUACGGAGAGUGAGAGGAAGCAGGUUCGCGAGUGCAGAGAAUGCCUGGAGCACGCUGCUAGCUGGGAGAGCUACGAGCUGGACGCCCGUAUUGGGCUCAAGGUCACUGCAGCGUUGGAGGCUGUCAACAAAUGGGAGAGUGCGCAUCCCGCAGCCUAG